UGAUGCACCAAGAGGGAUGGGGGCAGCCAGGACGGCUGGGGGCGGGCAGCGGUAAGGGGCGCUCUCCCUCCCACACGACCCCACCUCAAGGUCAGGGGAAGACGGGGCUCCAGACCGGGGAGGCUUCCAGAAGGUGACCUCUGCUUCUCCAGCAUUACUGUCCACAGCUCCGGGGAAGCCAAAUUCACAGGGUCCAAGCCCUCUCUCCCUCACUCAUGUCCACUUGGAAAAUCUCCCUUCGAGCCUCAGAGCCCAGCAGACAACAUCCCCCUGUGGGGUCGUCCCUGACCGCACUCCUCUGGCCAGAUUCUACUGAUGCUCUCCUACAGCUCGCCUGCCCCUUACCCAUUCGUUUUGAUGCCUGGUUGCUCUGAGGGUCACACACUCCAGGCUGCCUCGGGACCACCCAGUGAACUUCUUUAAAAACGCAGCCCCGUUAAUAACGGGGGAAACCGUGUGUGCUCCGAGCAGAGGAAACAAGGGAAUCUCUACACUUUCCACUUCAUUUUCCUGCAAACCUGAAACUGGCCCCCUGAAAAGGGACAGCCAGGUGAGGGUGAUGGAGGACACGGUGACCAACGCCGAGAAGCACUUGGGCCAGUUCUGCUCGAUGCUGGCUGCCUACACCCGCAAGACGGCCCAGGUGCGGGACAAGGCCGACCGGCUGGUCAGACAGCUCACCGACUUCGCCAACACCGAGCACCCCGAGAUGCGGGCCACCUUGAGGAGCUUCGCCGAGGACCUGGCCAAAGUCCAGGAUUACCGGCAGGCCGAGGUCGAGAGGCUGGAGACCAAGGUCAUCAGCCCCCUGAAACUCUACGGGGCCCACAUCAAGCAGACGCGGGCCGAGAUCAAGAAGCUAAAGCAAGUCCAGAAGAACGAGAUCAAGCAACUGGCAAAGCUGGGGAGACUGAGGCAGAAGUCACCGUCGGAUCGGCUAACGAUUUCCCAGGCAGAGACCAGCGUGCAGAGGGCCUCGGCGGAUGCCAGCCACACCACCCACCAGCUGGGGGAGACGAUUGAAGCCUUCCAGAAGCGGAAGCUCACAGAUCUUCAGAAAAUUUUUUCAGACUUUGUCACUAUUGAGAUGGUCUUACAUGCCAAAGCGGUGGAGGUAUAUUCCAGCGCCUUCCAGACCCUGGAGAACUACGACCCGGAGAGAGACCUCGAGGAUUUUAGAGCCAAGAUGCACGGGCUUUACGGACAUCGCGAUGCUCAGCCACUCACGGAGACCAUCUCCUCCCCAGCUGUCCCGUGGUCUCUCACUGGCCAGAGCGCUCAGACCGCCCUACGUGGCGAGAGAAGAGAAGACGAGGAGACUAUGGAAGCCUCUGCCGAGGAAGACCUCAGAGGACGGGGGCGGGCGCUCCAUCAAUAG